GGGGACAGGGACACGAGCAGCAGCGGCAGGUCUGACUCCUGUGGAGAGGAGGUGGCAGGUAGCAUGAUCCCAGAGGAGAUUCAGCGGCUCCUUGAAGAUGCUGAAGGUUACUUGGUGGAUGGACUGCAGAAUGAAAACUUGAGUGCUAAAGCAAGGGAGCAGAGGGAUGCAAUUCUCUUCGACUUCCAGCAAGUCAAAGCCAGGUAUCACUUGGAAUUUCUGCCUCGAGGAGAGGAUCUGCAUGAUGCUUGCUUUGGACGGGACAGUUCAGAUGAAAAUCAGAGCUGGAGUUUGGCCCCUUCCAUGACCUCUGACGUUUCACUUCCAUCAGACUUCCAGGACGAUGGGUUGGAGGAAACCGUACCGAGACCUUUUCAAGACGCAGGGAACAUUCUGAAGCAAGGAUAUUUGGAGAAGAGGUCCAGAGACCACGGCUUUUUUGGGUCAGAGUGGCAGAAGCGGUGGUGUGUCCUCAACAGAAGGACCUUUUACUACUACGCAAAUGAGAAAAGCAAACAACCUAAAGGCACCUUUUCCAUUGAGCACUAUAGUGCCCGGCUGGCUUCCCACCUCCGCAAAGACUCUCGAAGAAAAUGCUGUUUCGAGUUAAUCUGCCCUGGCAAACGCACCUACGAGUUCACAGCCCCAACUCCAGCAGAGGCUGAAGACUGGGUGGACCAGAUCCAGUUCCUCCUGAAGGACCUGACCUCCCUCACUAUCCCAUAUGAUGAAGAGGAUGAGGAGGAGCUCUACAAUGAUGUGGACAGUUCUGACUCUCUGAAUACAGCAUCCCACAACACUACCAUGAAUCAGGACGAGCCGGAUGAUGGGAUGGGAGAGGAUGACAUCUACGAGGUUUUGCCAGAGGAGGAGCUGGACCCCCCCUUCGCAGAGGACACCGAGGAGGCCAGAAGCGGACAGAGAAAUGGAAACCCCCCGAGGGACCUUGCCGGUUACUACCAGGGCCUGUGGGACUGCAGCAGCGAGCACCCCGACGAGCUCUCCUUCCGCCGCGGCGACCUCAUCUACGUCCUCAGCAAGGAGUACAACGUGUACGGCUGGUGGGUCGGAGAGCUCAACAACGUGGUGGGCAUCGUCCCCAAGGACUACCUGGUGGCUGCCUACGACCUGGAGGAGCGAUGAGCGCCCGGCCGCGACGCCCCGGGUGCUUCCCUCUCUCCCUGCUCCCUGGCUGUGCCGAGACGCCGUACCGACCUUGCCCACCGUCAGCCCCGUCCUGCCCCUCCUGCGGGAACCCGCUGCGCGAAGACACCCGUGUCCCGUCACCCGGCCGCUGCCGCGGAGCGAGCCCUGGCCCGCGCCGAGGUACCAGCCGCGACAGCUCCCGGCCGCCCGCGAAGGGCUGCGCUUCGGCCUCAUCCUGCCCAGGCUCUGCACGGCUGGGCCGGCUGACGGUGACCCACGGAGCGGCUGGCCGUCCGCCGGGGCAGUGGCGAGGGACGGAGAGGGCUGGCGGCCCGGAAUAAAGCUGGUUUCCUUUCCACCCCCUGCCUCGAGUCGCUUGCGGGUUUGGAGCCGGAGCUGGGCAUCGGGUGCUGGGUGCCGACACCCUGCCGGGGGCUCGCGGCCCCUCGCCCCCAGCCCGAGCUCCGCGCGUCAGGAGACCCGUCUGCUCCAGGCCUGCCAAAGCCAGGAUCCGGGAUUAAAUCAGCGCAUCCCGCUCGUGCCGCACUUGGCUGAAGGGCCGCUAGAUGGUGCGAGUAGCUUGGCCCCGGCUCUGCUCGGCUCCCUCCACCCACGCAGCGAGGACACACACCGCCAGCACCACUACGUCUCUUCUACUUCAUUUUUAUUUCAAGUGGGAGCACGUCAGCUCUGCCCUCGCCAGUGCUCAGGGCAGCAGGAGAAAGUGCAGGAGAGCACAGGGAGCAGCGUCAAGAGCGACCGGAGCCCAGGCACCGCCGGACACCGACUCCAGGGAAGCUACAUGCUCCUUCUUUCCUAGCAAAGGAACUACAUACUGGCUGUGUGCCCCCCCGUUCCCUUGCUGUCACCCCAGGUUCCCAGCUGUGCACGACCACCAGUGCGUGAGGAAGGACGGUUGCUCUCCUGCAGGAGCCCAUCUGGAAGUGGUUUCCCCUCAAUGGGGCCGGAGGAGAGAAACUG